GCCGAUGUUGCACUGGAGUGGACAAGAAAAAAGGAGGAGAGAAGCUGUUGCAGCCGCUACACGUCUGACGGAGGCACUGGUGGAUCAUCUUAAUGUUGGAGUGGCUCAGGCAUAUGUGAAUCAGCGGAAACUGGAUAAUGAAGUAAAAACCCUGCAGAUUCAGGCUGCCCAGUUUGCCAAACAGACACAACAGUGGCUUGGUAUGGUGGAUAACUUCAACCAGGCACUAAAGGAAAUUGGUGAUGUCGAGAAUUGGGCAAGAAGUAUUGAGAUGGACAUGAGGACUAUCGCCACUGCCCUAGAGUACGUCUAUAAAGGACAGCUACAGCCUGCAACAUGAAGUUUCAAAUAUGAGCCUGAAAAAUGGGCACUUUGCGAGGAAGAAGUUGAAGCAUCUUCACAAUUUAAAGCUGACAUUCUAAACAAGCUGUACAGCAGGCUUUCCAACAGGAAGGUUGCAUUAAUGCUGCAAUCCCUUUCCUAUUGGGGACUCUUAUCCACCCACUGUCUGACUGUUAAUUUCAAUAUCCUAAACUUGAAUGCAGAUAUCUAAGACUUGAUGCGUUUAUUUGUUUUCCCAGAGUGCAAUCAUCUAGGAAGGAUAAUGUAUAAAUCCUAAAGUCUCGAAUGAAAUAUAUCUAGGCCCAUUUCAUUCUCCACUGCUAAAACAAUUUGUACGAGUCUUUGGUUGUUAUUGGCAAAUUUUCUUUUAAAAAGACACCAGAGAGAAUUCUUGAUAGAAAUACUCAGUGGACUACUGCCCAGUUGAAACCAAACUAAUUCCAUUUUGAUCAGAUUUUCCCACAAGCUCAGUCCUCUGUGCCAAACAAUUUCCAUCAUAUGUGGCUGUAUUUUGUACACUUGUAUUUAUUUGUCCCGCUGGAGGACAUUGUUACUUUUCCUUCCUGCAGUCUAUUGUCUGCGAUGAUGUCAAUUGCCAGACUACAGCUAUCACUUCUCGUUGGAGUGCGCUGUCACUAGAGUCACCUCCCUUGCUAGACUUUGCACAGCAGCUGCUGCUUCCCUCUUCCUGCAGUGCAUUCUUGAUGGAUGGCCUCAUUUGCCAGCUUGUUCUUUUUAUCUGUUGCUUUUCCUUUCUGCAGUUCGUCAAACAGAUAACUUGAUUUCCCAGCGUCUUGUCACUACUUCUUUCUGUUCUUAUUGAGGUAGAUCUCACUCGUUUGUGUUCAGUUGCUGUAUUCUGGCAUUCCUCAGAAUGCGGGAUUCUUAUUAAAAUAGAUGCUUUUUCUUUGUUUAAAUGAGCCAAUCUUUUUGUGUAAGAGUACAAUAUUGCCCCACCCAAAAGCUUCUCUGCAUACUGAUGUAUAUAAAUGAAUGACUAAAAGGUAUUCUUGGUGUCGAUUUAAUCAUGUAAGAUGAUAAAUAACACUGAUGCAAAUAAAUUCACUGUUUACUGAU